ACUCUUCGCUGGAGCGCGGCCCGGCUCGGAGCUCACCUGGACCCUUUUCGCGAGACAUCCCCACUCUGUGGACGCGCAGCGGAGCGACGGAGGGCCAUGACGUCACGGUGCCAGGUAGACGCUAAAGGGAGGUUCGGGUCGUGAGGAAGACGAGCAGGAAGGAGGAGGGCGAGGAGGAGGAGGAGGAGGAAUCCGCGGUCCUGGUUGUGAUGAGGACGGUGAUGAUGGAGGAGGGCUGGCUGCUGAUGCUGCUGCUGGCGCUGCUCGCCAUUGCGGGAGGCAGCCUCGGGGCCGACACGGAGGAGCGAUUGGUGGAACAUCUCCUAAAUCCCGCCCACUACAACAAACUGAUCCGUCCUGCCACCAAUGGCUCGGAGCUGGUGACUGUGCAGCUGAUGGUGUCGCUGGCCCAACUCAUCAGUGUGCAUGAACGAGAGCAGGUGAUGACCACAAAUGUCUGGCUGACACAGGAGUGGCAGGACUAUCGCCUGACUUGGGUCCCGGAGGAGUUUGACGGCAUGAUGAAGGUCAGGCUGCCCUCCAAACACAUCUGGCUGCCGGACGUGGUGCUCUACAACAAUGCUGACGGAGUGUACGAGGUGUCCUUCUACUCCAACGCGGUGGUCUCCUACGACGGGAGCAUCUUCUGGUUACCGCCGGCCAUCUACAAGUCGGCCUGCAAGAUUGAGGUCAAACAUUUCCCCUUCGACCAGCAGAACUGCACGCUACGCUUCCGCUCAUGGACCUACGACCGCACCGAGAUCGACCUGGUGCUCCGUGCCGAUGUCGCCAGCAUGGACGACUUCACGCCCAGCGGCGAGUGGGACAUCAUCGCCCUGCCGGGUCGGCGGAACGAGAACCCGGCGGACCCCGCCUACGUGGACAUCACGUACGACUUCAUCAUCCGCCGCAAGCCGCUUUUUUACACCAUCAACCUCAUCAUCCCCUGCGUGCUCAUCACCUCCUUGGCCAUCCUGGUCUUCUACCUGCCGUCUGACUGCGGCGAGAAGAUGACGCUGUGCAUCUCCGUGCUUCUGGCGCUCACCGUCUUCUUGCUGCUUAUCUCCAAGAUCGUCCCGCCCACGUCCCUGGACGUCCCCCUGGUGGGGAAGUAUCUGAUGUUCACCAUGGUCCUGGUCACCUUCUCCAUCGUCACCAGCGUGUGCGUGCUCAACGUGCACCACCGCUCCCCCACCACACACACCAUGCCUCCGUGGGUCAAGGUGGUCUUCCUCAACAAGCUGCCCGCCUUGCUCUUCAUGCGCCAGCCCAGGAACAGCUGCGAGCGACAGCGGCUGCGCCAACGGCGGCGAGCCCAGGAGCAGAAGGAGGGCGGGCGCGGAGGGGAGGCGGGGGCCCUCAUGGUGGGGCUUGGCUUGGGUGGCGGCACCAGUAGUGGUGGUGGAACCUCAACAACGGGGGUGUUCAACAAGGAGGACAGUGAUCCUUGUACCUGCUAUGUGAACAGAGCGUCUGUCAAACAAUUUGGAGGCGAUCUGGGCGCAGGUGGGGGGUCCAUGGAUGGUCUGAACAGGGUGCGAGAGAGUCGGGAGGGGAGCUCCGGGAACCUGCAACGAGGGAAACAAGCGGCAGGAGGUCAGGCUCUCACUCAGGCCAUCCUGGCUCAGGCCUGCCCGGGUUUUGAGGAGGCUGUGGAAGGAGUGCGCUUCAUCGCCAACCACAUGAAGAGUGAAGAUGAUGACCAGAGUGUGAGCGAGGACUGGAAGUAUGUCGCCAUGGUGAUCGACCGCCUCUUCCUGUGGAUCUUUGUGUUCGUGUGCGUGUUCGGCACCAUGGGCAUGUUCCUGCAGCCGCUCUUCCAGAAUUACACAGCCAAGAGCAUCCACAUGCCGGGCUGAGCCGCGU